AUGCAUAACAAGCUUCCUUCCCUACAAAACUCUAUCAAAGACCAAAAGUCCAGAUUUUCCUUAAAAAUGGACUUUUCUCAUCAAAACCCUAACUCUAACCCUAAUUACACUUUCUUCCCUGAAAACGUCAAUCCCAUGCCCGAUUUUGAGGUCUCCGAUUAUCUCGAUCUUGACGGCAGUAUCUUCGACGACGAUACAUCGUCGCAGAGUAUGGUGUCGUCGGAGAAAGGCAUGGCUGCAGCUACUGAACUUAGUGGUGCAACAUCAAAAAAUAGUAACAGAAAAUGCAAAAAUGGAGUGGGGAAAAACAAAUCGGAACUGGGGGUACGAGUUGCGUUUAGAAUGAAAUCAGAGAUGGAGGUGACCGAUGAUGGAUACAAAUGGAGGAAAUAUGGGAAAAAAUCCAUCAAGAACAGCCCCAAUCCAAGGAACUAUUAUAAAUGUUCAAGUGUAGGAUGCAAUGUGAAGAAGAGGAUAGAAAGGGACGUAAAGGACCAAAGUUAUGUGGUAACUACAUAUGAAGGAGUUCACAAUCAUGAGACCCCAUCCAUGGUUUACUACAACCAAAUGUCCAUUAUGGCUCCUAAUGCUUGGACCUUUCAAGCUUCUCCUCCUUCUUCUUCUUCUACAUGAAAAGAAAACUUAUAUACAUACAUACAUACAUAUAUAUAUAUUAUCCUUAGAAUUAUAUAUCUGCUUCUUUGCCUUAUGGUGUUGCCUAAAAUGGUGAGCUAUUACUUUUUAGUUGACACUAAUUUUCCCACUAUGCAUUUUCCGGGCUGACUUAGUUAAAAUACAGUCGGGCCAAAGCUAGUGGAUUGACUAUCCGUCGUCUUUGUUGUUGUCGUUGUAAUUUCCAUCUCUGUUAAUUAUCAGAACUCAGAACUACUUUCUCUUUCUUUUUUUUUAAAUGGUAUAUAUUAAUAAUAAAAGAAAUUAUUAGUA